AUGCAUGCUUAUCCAGUACAUUCAAACGAUCGUCUCCAGAUCAGGACAAUCAUUGAGUCUAAAAGCCAUGUGAAAUAUUUGGUCAAGCUUCACUUCGCGCGUCUGCAGUCAAAAGGCAAGUUCUUCCUCAUCUUUGAGCAUAAUAAAACUUCUGCAAUACCACAGCUUUGCAAGCUUUUUCUUGAACCAAUGUGUAGAGGCGGGUUAAUUACUCACGUCACCAUUUGUGUAUUCUGGAUAUUCGUGUAUUUCUCUAAAAAAACAGUCUUUUUCCUCUUGGGUUCACGCUGUAUCUUCCUUUAUCACCAGUUGAGAUACAAGAAACUGUUUGAAAAUAACAUGUCCAUUUCUCUCAAUUCCGGUGGACUGGAAUACCGCACGAGUCAAUUUGAAAGAGUUUUCUAA